CCCCAAUCCACCUCCGAACCCUAGUCAUAACCCCAACCUCAAUCGGAACCCCGCUGUCGUGACACCGCCGCCUCCGUCCGUUCCGGUCUUAGCCCCGUCGUUCCGGCCCCUGGGCGCCCCCCCGGCCCCCCCGUACUCCAUCCCGAAUCCCAGCUACCAGGGCCCCAUGGCCCAAAACCCCGGCAUCCAGCCUCCGGGGGUCUCGGGGCCGGUCUCGAUCGUGCUUCCCGGGGCGGCGAGCGGCGCCGGAGCUGUGACGGUCUCCGUUUCGCCCAUGCAGCCUGGCGGCGCGUACCCGGUCCAGCCCCCCCAUUCUGCUCCGAUGCCCUAUGGGCAGCUUCACAAUGGAUACAUGGGAGUUCCUGCGCCUUCUCCACAGGCUCCGGCAGCGAUUCCUCCACCUGCAUCGUCCCAUGGUUCAUGGUGAGAAAGAUCGGCAGGCUUCCUCUUGCAGUUCUUAAAAGAUCACUUCCACUAUAUGUUUGGUAUGCUUUAAUUCUGCUGGUUUCAUUGAAUUUAUAGCACCUUUGUCUUGUGAACUACUGGUUAGGUUAUGCAUGUGGAAAGAAAAACUGACUCUGGUAGAUUGCUACUUUUACUAAUAUAGUAUGCUACCAGUUAAUGAGUCCAAAGGACACCUUUUUCGUCACGGCUUUCAUGGAUGCAUAAUUUUUUCAAGAGUGGAUCAUGUUAGCAUCUGACUGCUCGUUGCACUAAUGUUCUGAGGUACAAUAGUCUUCUUUGAUUACAUAUUAUAUACAACUCUUUAUCUUCCUUUCCCUAUCAUUCUUCCUGUUUGUAAUUUUGUGCUACUUUCAUUUUAUAAGAAGCUUAGAAACAGUGAUACCUUUCUAGUGCUGUCACAAUUGAAUAAUGUAUUGCCAUGAUGUGACCUUGACAAAUCUCACCAAUGCUCAAAUUCACUCUUUAGUACCUGGGAUAAGUCCUGAAGAUUGUGUUCAAGAAUGUAGACAAGGUAAGCCCAAAUUUACAUAUCUCUAGUUUUAUGAAACAGAUGCUAUUUUUGUGCAUGUCCCCUCAGGUUGUCUUUUCAGCUGGCGAUAGUUGCCAUACCUGUGCUGCGCAUCUCUUUUAUGCUUAUGUUGUUGGUAACAGUGUUUUAAUCAUUCUUCUCUAUACUUCCAUUUUUCCUUGGAAAAGUAACAAAUCUGCUAUGAAUGUUUUUACUUACUGUUUGGUAAGCCUAUGGAUUCUGUCUGACAAGUUUGCAUAGAUGUUUUUUGUGUUUCUGCAGGGGUGCUCCGUUAUCCUGGGCCAUACCCAGCUAUGAUUCGUCCCGGCUUUCCUCCCCGCCCCAUUCCACCAGUUGGUGUGAUACCUCAACUUCCACGACCUCCUGUUCCAGGGAUUCGUGGUGUUCCUCCUAUUGUUACCCCCAUGGUUAGGCCAGUCGUCCCCAUCGUACCACCAACAGAAAAGCCACAAACGACAGUUUAUAUUGGCAAGAUUGCGCCUACAGUAGACAAUGAGUUUCUGCUGUCCGUUCUUCGGCUUUGCGGGCCAGUGAAGAAUUUGAAACGUGCUCAAGAUCCCUCUGAUGGAACUCCUAAGGGCUUUGGGUUUUGUGAAUUUGAGUCUGCUGAAGGGGUUCUUCGAGCAUUGCGCUUGCUGAGUAAACUGAACAUUGAUGGACAGGAGUUGAUGCUAAAAGUUACGGAAGCAACCAGCAAAUAUCUUGAGCUUUAUGUUGAAAAGAAAACUGAAAGAGAAAAGCUCAAAGAAACUGAAGCUGGAGCUGCUGAUAAAGACAGUGAAAGUGCAGCAGGUGUUGAAAAGCAAGAGCCUCCAAAGUCAGUUGUAGAAGAAAAGGAAAAGGAUUCAGAAGAUUCCAUGGGCAAAUCAAAUCAAGAGAACACCGAAAAAUUUGGUAUCGUUACGGAUGAAGAUCGUGAGGCUGAUAGAGAUGCCCUGGAGAAACUGACAAAUAUGAUAGAGGAAAGAUUAAAAACUAAACCUCUGCCUCCCCCACCACCACCAGCACAGACCCCUGCUGAUGGUUCUGCUAAAUCAAACUCUGAAGUUCCUUCAAAAUCAAGAGAUGGGGAUUCAGAUGUGGAUAUUAUGAAAAGCGAUGCUGCUGAAGAUAAGAAUGAUGAUGAGACAACAAGUGAAAAUAAGCCAGCAACUGAUCAUGAAAAGCCUGAGGCUGGCUCACCUGAUAAGAGCAGGAAGCAUGACAGUAAGAGCAAAGAUCGAGACAGGGAGCGUGAUUUGAAACGGGAGAAGGAAAGGGAACUGGAGAGAUAUGAGCGUGAACGAGAGCGCGAGAGAGUUAGGAGGGAGAGGGAGAGAGAGUUGAAAUUGAGAGAGGCUGAGCGAUUGUAUAAAGAACGUCUUAAGGAGUGGGAAGGUAGAGAAAGAGAGAAAGAGUACCAGCGGCAGUAUGAGAAGGAAAGGGAGAAGGAAAAAGAACGGGAACGCCGCAGAGAGAUCCUGAAGCAGGAAGAUGACAGCGAUGAUGAUGAUUCAAGGAAAAGAAGGCGUAGGAGUAGUGCCCUUGAGGAGAAGAGGAGAAAGAGACAGAGGGAGAAGGAUGAGGACUUGACUGAUAGAUUAAAAGAAGAGGAAGAAAUUGCUGAAGCAAAGAGGAGGGCAAUUGAAGAGCAGCCAUCUAAAAAUGACUCGAAGCCUCCUAGCAAUAUGAUUAUUGAGAGUGAAAAACCUGUAAUGCAAGAAGAAGGAAAAACUGUUGAAGGUACACAAAUUGCUCCAGAGCAGGCUUAUGAAGGUGUUUCUGGUAAUGGUGAUACCCCUGGUGAUGGAAUCUGCAGAAAUGGCAGUAGUGAUGAACAUACCAUGGGGGCUGCAACAACAGACGUGAAGCAGAAUAACAAUGCUCCAACUAGGAAGCUAGGUUUUGGUCUUAUAGGUUCAGGAAAACGAACAACUGUACCUUCUGUUUUUCAUGAAGAGGAUGAUGAAGAUGUGGAUGAGAAAAAGAUGAGACCACUUGUGCCUAUUGAUUAUUCUACUGAGGAACUGCAGGCUGUCCAGAAUAAUGCUUCUGGGGCACCAGCAAAUCUGGCAGCAGCUGCUGAAUUUGCCAAGCGCAUCUCUACCACUAACCCUAAAGAAGAGAAAGCUGAAAUGGAAAAGGAAAGAAGUAGAAGAUCUAGUGACAGAUUGAGUCAGAGAGAGCGAGAUAGAAAUGACGAGGAGAGUACCCGUGGCAAGGAUGAGAGCAAGAAGAUGCAUGAUCAGGAAAGGGAUCGAGACGAUAAGUUGAAAACAGAAAACAGGAAGCUUUUGGAUGCAAAACAAUUGAUCGACAUGAUCCCAAAGACUAAAGAAGAGCUCUUUAUUUAUGAAAUUAAUUGGGAUAUAUAUGACAAGCACGAGUUGCAUGAGAGAAUGAGACCGUGGAUUUCCAAGAAAAUAACUGAAUUUCUUGGAGAGGAGGAAGCAACAUUGGUGGACUACAUUGUAUCCUGUACCAAAGAUCACAUGCGGGCUUCAAAAUUGCUAGAACUGCUUUCAUCCAUCUUGGAUGAUGAGGCAGAAAUGUUUGUCCUCAAGAUGUGGAGGAUGUUAAUUUUUGAAAUCAAGAAAGUUGAGACAGGUCUACAGGUGAAACCAAGGGCCUGACUGCAAGGUUACAUUUCCUUUUCUUGUCUUUAAGUCCUUAUCUGUUUCAUGCAUUGGUCUUACUUUGUCAACCUAUUGUUAUAGUAUUGGAGAGAACAGGAACUGUAAACAGCCAUUUUCACCAAGUGCUUGUGUAUGUGGUACUGAUCAAUCUCUAGCAAUCGCAUCCCAGCAUUUUUGCCUGAUUCAUGAAGGGUUUGCAUUGGUUCUCUAGUUCCUUUGACCUGUGAUUCUCCUUAUCGCCUCGGAGAUGAUCAAGGAGGGCCUUGUAGUACAUUCAAAGUUCAAUUUUUGCAGUGUUUCUGUGAAUAAGAAGAGCAAUUUCUUGUGAGA